CUAUUUAAGUGUCCGAGAUGAGGCCGGCCGGGCGCAGAAACGAGCAGGGCAGCGGCGAGCGGGGAUCUCGGCUCCGGCUGCUCGAGCUGCCCCCGCUCCCGGCCCGGCCCGGCUCGGCUCGAGGACAGCCGAGAAUGGAGACCUGGGGGAUGUGCACAGCAACCCUGGUCCUCUGCUUGCUGCUGGGCACGGCAGCUGGGAGCGCGCCCAUCCCGAGCACGGGACCCGGGUGUAGAAGGGAGUUCAUCAGCAUUACAGCGCCUGCGCACCAUGGUGUGCUCCUGCCCCUUGUUGUUCCAGAUGCAGCUGUGGACCCUUUAGGAGCUACUCUGAACUGGCAGACUGAAGCAGUGCAUUUGCAGUCACCUGAAGUGAUGCAUGCCUACACAGAUGGCAAGGAUGACCUUGAGAGCCAGGCAAAGAGAUUUCGUGGGCGAACCGAGGUCUUUCCCGAGGAGAUUGACAAUGGCAAUGCAUCUUUGUUGCUGAAAAAUAUAACCCAGAACGAUACGGGAACCUACCAUGGUUACUUUUUCCCCAAUUAUAAUAGCCCAUGUGUUGCAGUAAUCGUCCAUCUUAACGUGUCAGAUGCUGCUGUGGAGAAAACCACGAAGACAGAAGGUGGAUGGAAGGACUAUCUAGGUCUGGUUCUGUGUCGGGUUCUGGAUUUCCUCUUGGUCCUGGCUUUCAUUCUGGUUUCUGGUCUCCUACUAAUAAACAAGAUCUGUCCAACAAGGAAGGACGGUAGAAAUAAAAUAGCAAAAAUCUGUGGGCGCUGCCGUGAAGGAAUUUGGAGACUUCCCAAAUCUGCUAAUUGCAUUCAAAAGUUAUUCUUUGGGAAGAGAAAUUCAGGUCACAUCUCCGGUUUUGUAGAAAGGGAAGGUGGUGCACACACGUGGAGAGAUAUAUGACCGUUGAACUGACACUAGCAUAUGAAUCUUUUAAUUGGGUGUGUUUUCUUUUCUUGUUCUGCAACACAAGACUAAGACUCGAUUUUGUAUGGCUUAAUAUAAAAUGACUAUUUUAUUUAUGUAUAAAUGGGGGAACACACCUGCAAGCUUCACGGAAACACAGGAGCGUCUGUACACCCUGCUUCCAGUGGGAUCUCAGUAUGCCUCGGCUGGCCACUUAGAGCAAAUAUUGAGCAACCGACUUACUUGGAGUGAACAAGUGUGAAUGUGGGUGUUGGUUUUAAUGUUUUCUACUCUCCAUAAACGUGGCAAAUUACUUUGUC